AUGAAGGAGGUUGCUCGCCACUGUUGGUGUGAGUUCAGCAGCAUCUACCUCAAGACUGUUGAUCGUCUUGGGAAGAUCAUCAAGCAUCUGCUCGCGUGUGCAGCCAACCAACGUCCGUCCUCGAAGCCAAGGGAAGAAUAUCUCGAAAAUAGAAACGUCGAAGGUCUUUUUUCUUAG